AUGGAGUUUGAAAACUUGACUAAAGAGGAAUUGGAACAUCUUCAGAAAAUCUACGAUGACACAAUUAAUUUCGAAAGAAAGAUAGGGAUCAUCAUUCCAUCAAUUUUCGCUGUUAUCAUAUUGGUGGGAGUUGUUGGAAAUGCUCUUGUGGUGAUUGUUGCAUUUGGACGACAAAUGAGAAAUUCAACUAACACUCUUAUUAUCGGUCUCGCCAUUUCCGACUUGAUGUUCUUACUGCUGUGUGUACCAUUCACAGCGGUUGACUAUGCAGCUCCUACCUGGAUAUUUCCAGAAUGGACUUGCUCAAUGAUCAACUUCUUUCAGCACACGUCUGCAUACUGUAGUGUUUGGACAUUAACAUUGAUGGCUCUGGACCGUUAUCUUGCUGUCGUAUACCCUGUGGAAUCUAUGACGUUGAGAACACCAAGAAACACUGUUAUUGCAUUAUGUAUCAUUUAUAUACUUAUCAUUGCUUCUCAGAUUCCUGUGGGACGAAUGCACGGAAUAUACGUCUAUGAUUUCAUUAUGGAGAAGCGGUCGACGUGUGCUAUUCUGACUAUUGCAACUGCUGAAGCAACACCAGCAAUGGCUCGAACAUAUUUCAUGACUUUCAAUGUGUUUGGAUAUGUUCUUCCAUUGGGUAUUUCCGUGAUUCUUUAUGGUUUGAUGUUGAGAAAACUUUGGGAUAUGCCUAGACCGGGUAACAGUCAAGUGGUAGGAGGCAGAACUCUUGCGAAUCGGGAUAGUGGAUCUAGCAUACGGAGAAGACCAGAGGCUACAGCCGCUAAACGAAAGGUUACUCGUCUGGUCCUCUGUGUACUAAUUACUUGGGCCCUGUGUUGGCUACCUCUCAACGUUUGUUUCUUCAUGUCUGGAAUCGCUUACCCAGAGCCACUUGUCAUUUCUCAUGGUGUUAUCAUGGUCAUUGUUCAAAUUGCAAGCCAAGUUCUUGCUUACACCAAUUCGUGCCUCAACCCAAUUCUUUAUGCUUUGAUGUCGCAGAGUUUCCGGGAAGGAUUCAUCCGGAUCAUGAAAAUGUUUGUUAAUAAGCUGUCACGAGGAAAGUUUUGCACGAACUAUCGUAGAAGUGCUCUCCGAACGGAACUCACUCAUUAUAACCAAACACCAUCUCACCCAACUAACACUGUUGUUCGAGUUUCUAACGGAGAGCGUUCCACUCUUCUCAAAGAUAACUCUAGCCCAACUACAACUGUCCAACCACUCCGUACCUCCAUCCAAGCUAAGAAAACCAAAGCUAUAGGACGAAGCAAAUCCACUAGGAGUUAUAAUCUAUGA